GCCUCCGCCUCCCCGCCUCGCUCCCGCCCAGCUCCCGGGCGUCCGCCGCGGCCAUGGCGCUGCCGGAGUCGGGGUCCCGGUGCCGGCUGCUGCUCUGGCCCCGCCUGGUGCUCUUCGGAGACUCCAUCACUGAGUACUCCUUCCAGGAGAACGGCUGGGGGACCUUCCUUGCUGAGAGGCUGCUCAGGAGAUGUGAUGUCCUCAACCGUGGGUUCUCAGGGUACAACAGCAGAUGGGCCAAGCUGCUGCUCCCCAGGCUGAUCGCUGCCGGCGCCGGUGCCGAGAGCACUGCUGCAGUGACUCUCUUCUUUGGAGCCAACGACAGUGCUCUGGAAGAGCUGAACCCCAAGCAGCACGUUCCCCUGGAGGAGUAUGCUGCCAACCUCAAGAGCAUGGUGCACUACCUGAGCUCCGUGGGCAUCACUGAAGACAGGGUUCUCCUGAUAACCCCCCCUCCUCUGGGGGAGGCAGCCUGGGAGAAGGCCUGCCUUGCCAAAGGGGAGAGACUAAAUCGCCGCAAUGCCACCACCGGGGAGUAUGCCCAGGCCUGUGUGCAGGUGGCCAGGGCCUGUGGCACAGACGUGCUCGACCUCUGGACACUGAUGCAGAAGGAGCAGGACUUCUCCUCCUACCUGUCUGAUGGCCUCCACCUGUCGGCAGAAGGCAGCAGGUUUGUAGCAGCACAGCUCUGGGCCCGCCUGGGGGAGAAGCUCUCAGCUCUGCCCUCACUGGUUCCUUACUGGCGGGAUGUGGACCACAUGGACCCCGAGGCCACUCUGCUGUGAGAGCUGGUGAGGUGCUGGAGGUGGCCAGGCUGCUGCAAACAUCUGGCUGCAGCCCAGCACCACACUGUAAAUGCUACAGCCCUGGGGAGUAGGGCAGUGGGCAGACCCCUGGCAGUGCUCUUCCUGGUCCCCAGCUCCUGGGCUGUGGAAGAAUAAAGAUUGGGCCACUUGGGGUGUGCCAUAGGA